GCCCUCAUUUAAAGCUCGGCCCGGUGUGUUGGCUCAGCUCGCACGUCUCCCGCCUGCCGCAGCCAAUCAAGCUAGCCCUCUCCAUCCUCUCGUCGCUCGGCAUGACUUGCUCACGAUCGAGCUAGCUCGAUCAUCUGAUGGUGAGCGGGUGGACGAAGAAGAAGAUGACGACGAUGUCGCUCCAUAAAUGGAGGGCGGCGGUUCUGGCGGUCCCCUUCGUCGUCGCCGGCUGCGCGGCGGCGGAGGCUGGUGGUCCGCGGCGGAUCCUGGUGGACACGGACACGGACACCGACGACCUGCUGGCGCUGCUCUACAUCCUCAAGCAGAACCGCUCCGAGUUCGACCUCAAGUAACCACGACCACGAUGGUGCUGUCAAGCUUUGUUUGUUGUGUUGAUGUCAGAAGAGGUUGUGUCUGGAGGCUUUGUCAGGCACCACUAAGCUGGUAUAGGCUUUGCCAGGCACCGCUAAUCUGGUAUGUUAGUUGCAUGUUUCUGUUUUGUUUCACUUGUUUGUUCCAGUAACCUCGCUGCAUGUGUGAGUUGAAUCUUCAAUGUUUCUGUUAUCAGACCCUAGACAUUGCUUUAUAUCACUAUGUCUGCUUCUGUCCUUUUUUCAAGAUAAACUUCAGAGCCGGGGCAACUUUUCCUGGACUCCAUUUGUUCUAAAAUGCAUGAUACAUAAGCAGGCAGUAACCAUCAAUGCGAAUGCGUGGAGCGAUGCUGGACAUGCUGUGAAUCAUAUGUAUGAUAUGCUCUAUAUGAUGGGCCGUGAUGACAUUCCGGUUGGAGUCGGUGGUGAUGGUGGAAUAUCAAAUUCUGACACCAUACAUCCAAAUGUCGGUGGUUAUUUACCAUUGAUUGAUCAGGGCAUGUCAAGAAUAGGAGGCUGCCGGUACAGGCAAGCUAUUCCACUAGAAGGUGGUGGACGGUUGGAUGUAAACACAAACUUUGGAAUCAGAAGGGGUUUCCUUCCACAGGGUCACAGAAGAUACACACCACUUCACCAACCUACAGCACAACAAGUAAUGAUAGGCACAAUAUCUGCUGGCCCUACAGCUGUUAUUCUCAUAGGAGCACAUACGAACUUUGCCAUUUUUCUCAUGACACAUCCACACCUGAAAAGAAAUGUGGAGCACAUAUACAUUAUGGGUGGUGGAGUGAGAUCGAAGAAUCCUACAGGUUGCUGUCCAAAAAAUGCUACCACAUCAUGUAUGCCAGAGCAGUGUGGUGACCAUGGUAACUUGUUUACUAGUUACUCUACUAAUCCAAAUGCAGAAUUCAACAUAUUCGGAGAUCCUUUUGCCGCAUACCAGGUGUUUCAUUCUGGCAUUCCAAUCACACUGGUUCCUCUUGAUGCGACCAAUACAAUUCCAAUCAAUGAAGAAUUCUUCAAUGAAUUCCAACGUCACCAAAGUACCUAUGAGGCACAAUACUGUUUCAAAUCUUUAAAGAUGGCUCGAGACACUUGGUUCAAUGAUCAAUUCUACACAAGCUAUUUUAUGUGGGACUCCUUUACUUCUGGUGUUGCCAUCUCCAGCAUGCGCAAUGAUAAGAACGGUGAAUUUGGAAAUGAUUUUGCUGAGCUUCAAUAUAUGAACGUUACAGUUAUAACUUCAAACAAACCAUAUGGUGUGCAUGAUGGCUCAAACCCAUUAUUUGAUGGCCGCACCACUCCCAAGUUUGGUCUUCAAAAAGGCGGAGUUCAUAGUGGUCAUGUUCAAACUGGGAUUACAGAUAGCUUCUGUCGAAUCAAGGGAAGUAAUAAAGGAAGAUGUGAGGAUGGAUACACUAAGGAAGUCUCUGGUCCAGAAUCAGUCAACAUUCGUGUUGCAAUGAAGGCUAAGCCAAACGUGGAUACGAAUAGCUCUUUGGACAGGGAGUUUUUCAAGAGCUUCCUUGAGGCACUGAAUGGUCUGGAGAACUCUGGCAGUUUUGACUUUAAAGCGCAAUUCCCAUUUUACAGAGAGAUUCUUUACAAACCAGACUUUGAACACAAAAAUUUGGGCAGACCUGUUAUUGUUGACAUGGACAUGAGUCCCGGAGAUUUUAUGUCCCUAAUAUACCUCUUGAAGGCACCUAUUGAAGUAAUAGAUGUAAAGGGGAUUUUAGUUAGUGGCAAUGGUUGGGCAAAUGUUGCAAGCAUUGAUAUUAUUUAUGACAUUUUACAUAUGAUGGGUCGCGAUGACAUUCCUGUUGGACGUGGUAAUACCACUGCAUUAGGUACUCCAAGUCUUGGUUGUCACUAUGUCAGUAUUAUUCCCCAAGGUAGUGGAGGACUUAUUGAUUCGGACACUCUCUAUGGACUAGCUCGAUCAUUGCCAAGAAGUCCUAGAAGGUAUACUGCUGAAAAUUCAGUAAAAUAUGGUGCUCCUAGAAACACUGACCAUCCAGAACUUCGGCAGCCAUUGGCUUUUGAAGUUUGGCAAACUAUCAAAGAGCAGCUUGAUCCAAAUGAGAAGAUCACUAUUCUUACCAAUGGACCUCUUACAAAUUUGGCCAAUAUCGUGCUCUCUGACAGGGAUGCAAUUUCUGUAAUAGAGAAGGUUUAUGUUGUUGGAGGCCAUAUCGUAGAUAAGGAUGAUUCCAAGGGAAAUGUGUUUACUGUUCCGUCAAACAGAUACGCAGAGUUUAAUAUGUUUCUUGAUCCGCUAGCUGCGAAAACAGUCCUGGAGUCCUCUCUGGAUAUCGCACUGAUUCCUCUUAGCUGUCAAAGAAAAGCUGCUUCCUUUGCUUCUAUCCUAAAAGCUUUAAUGCAUGCUGAUCACACUCCUGAGUCAAGUUUUGUGCACCGCUUGUUGCUUUUGCUGCAUGAUCUUCAGCUGAAGCAUCGGCUUUAUCGCCACAUGGAUAUGUUUCUGGGAGAAGUCCUUGGUGCUGUUUACUUGGUGGAGGGAUUGAAUAUAAAACCAUAUUUGCGACCAAAGCCAAUAAGCAUUGUUGCCAACAGCACAGCAAGUACGAACGGGCAGAUUUUUGUCGACAAGCUGAGUGCAAGUUCAGUGGAAGUAUUAGCUGAUUUCAGUACUGAAGAAUAUUACAGUCGGCUCGCCAAUUCUUUAGGCAACAAAGAGCAAUCUGCCGUUAUUGGUAGUUUUGAAGAACAGACUGCAGUCUGGAGCAGGCCACCUCAGAAUUGAACAUACAGCAUAGCUCUUGUGCAGCAGUGCUGGUGAAGCACAAACAGUUAAGUUUGAUUCCAGAGUAAUACCUAUCUUGCAUUCUUUUCUCUCUUUCUUCUUAAGUCUUAACACUAAAUUUGAGCACACAAAUACACAGAUACAUUAGAUUUAUCCUGUUUAUUUCGGCACAUGUAAACAUAUUUAUUUCUCUUCAGGUGUAACGACCAUCAUUGUUCAAGAGUUUAUGUUUAUUUACCUUCUACCUCUGGGAGAUAAAAACCCGCUUACAGGCCUUGUUUAGAUGCAUAAAAGUGAAUCUGUAAAGCACGGUAGCACUUUCGUUUGUAUUUGGUAA